AUGAUAAAGACGUCGUUGUCUGGAUCUUCAAAGGUCGUAAAUUUGGACCUUAGCAUUGACCCGCAGGCUGAUGUCGAACUAGCAGAGCCACCGUGCAAACGGUCUAUCCCUUCAAAGUCUGUGCCUCUAACGAAUGGUUUCAAGAGACCAUAUCCACCAGAUACACUAGCGCCACUUAAGACUAUCAGUUCUAAUUCCAAUAGCUCUUCGGAUUUUUCGUCGCUCUCUGAUCUUCCAGAUAUUAUAUCUUCAGAGAAGUUAAGGGAGAAUUUCCGAAAGCAGUACGAACGUUCUGUAAAAGCUGCAGUUGAUGGACUACUUACCCGAGUCCUGUCCUACAAUCAGUCCGUCGAAGAGCUAAGACAGGAAACAGAGCUUCUUCGAACGCGCCUUGUCAAACUAGAGGUCUGCACGAAGAAGAUCAAGUCGCUGAUAACAGAAAGCGUACGCAUUGAUAAUUUUUUCGGAUUCUUUUUCAAAUUAUUGUUUGAAUGA